GGCAACCGUUUUCGUCGACCACGUGAUCAGACGUCAUAUUUGUCCCUGCUGUUCUUGCUAACGGUGUAGCCGCAAAAACAGUCCCCUGCUUUUAUACCUUUUUUAUUUGAAUUAAACGGGAGCCAUGGAGAUUGGGACAGAGAUAAGCAAGAAGAUACGAGCUGCUAUCAAGGGCAAGCUUCAAGAGCUCGGUGCUUAUAUUGAUGAGGAGCUUCCUGACUAUAUCAUGGUGAUGGUAGCGAACAAGAAAACCUCCCAACAGAUGGCCGACGACCUUUCGCUCUUCCUGGGAAACAACACCAUUAAAUUCACAACCUGGUUACAGGGUGUCCUAGAGAAGUUGAGAACUGUUGCAGUCGAGCCUGCAUCCGUCAGACAUCAGCUCCAGUCUGACAGUGGUGCGGUGGCUGGGAAGAGGCGGUCAUCUUUGAGUGAAGACAUCAGAGCAGAGGAGCUGAAGGUGCUGACGGUGUCCAGCUCUCGCUCUGAUAGGACUGAAGCACGUGUGUCCAGUUCCGCUCAUGAAAACAGGAGAGGCACCACGGAGAGGAGUUCCUCUCGACUCACCUCCACUGUGAAGCCCCUCAUGGAGCUGCUCCCCUCAGAAGCUGUCAUUGACAUCAAACCGGAGAUGGAUGAUGACUUCAUCGCAGAGGACCCAGUGGAAAUAGGUACCAGCCAUGGUCGAACACGCGGCGCUGCUGGUAGACCCACAGCUGAAAUCUACAGACCGGGUCAGAGCAAGUUUACAUCUGCAACCUCUGCAGACACCUGUCGAGCCACAGAAGGAUCCUCUCACAGCAGGCAGCAGGACAGCAGAAGCAGCAGAACCUCCAGAAUGGGAUCCAGUAAGCAGGAGGAGUUGUCACGGAAACGUAAGGCGCCAGUCGCAAGUUCGGUGGUGCGAGUGAACCGAGCAGCAGACGAGGACAGCGAUGACGUGGAAGAGGAGGAAACAGGCUACGGAGGAAGAGGCGUGUCCAGUAGAGUGUCCUUGCCCUCCAAACCAGAGCGCAAACCUACUCUUCCUCCAGCCAAGCAAGCCAACAGGAAUCUGAUACUGAAGGCUAUCUCUGAGGCUCAGGACUCAAUCACCAAAACCACAGCCUACCCCACAAUACCACAGAGGCAGACUGUUCCUGUGGCACCUCGUACUCGUCUGGCCAGCAGUGAAGAGAUGACUGCAGCCAUCCAGCUGGUUCAGGAUCACCUCCACAGCCUGGCCCCCAGGGUUCCUUCCUACAACUCCACAGAACUACCUCCUUCGAGAGCACCUGCUCCAGCGAGAUCUUUAGCCUCCCGCCUCCAGUUGGACUUAGCAGAGAGAAAUGACGGAGGAGAGCAAAGUCACUAUGGCGUUGAGGUUGCUGCAGGCAGUGAUUCAAAGACAUUUGACACCCGCUCCUUCAUAAUGAGUCGACCGCAGCUGCAACAACCUGCAGCCGGAAGCCAGCAGCGUCUUCAGGCAAGGGAGGAAGUCCAUUCUGCUAUACCACGCACUGUCCAGGCUGGGUACACACUUAAGGAGCGUGGUGACACUGCCAGUCCCAAGUUUAUAGUGACAUUAGAUGGGGUACCAAGCCCUCUGGGGAUUCUCGCAGACUGUGAAAUGGAGUUGGAUGACGUCAGACCACCCACAAAGGUCACAGAGGCGACGGUUCAGGUCAACAGGGAGCCCAAAGUUAGCAUCCUUCAGAGACUACAGGGAGUAGUCACAUCAUCAGAAGAUGAUGUGAUGGACAUUGAUAUGUCGGAGGAGGACGCUGUCCCUUUAAAGAAACAGAAGGUGUUGGAGCGCUGCAAGUUCUGGCCUGUUUGUAAAAGUGGAGACGAGUGCUCGUACCAUCACCCUACUACACAGUGCAAGACUUUUCCCAACUGCAAGUUUGGGGAUAAAUGCCUUUUCGUUCAUCCUAAUUGUAAAUACGACGCCAGGUGUAGUAAGCCGGAGUGUCCCUUCACUCACGUCAGCCGCAGAAGCACAGUUGCUCCUCCACCCAGGCCUGCAAUGCAGCCAGUGCAGAAUACUACUGUGUGUCGCUUCUUCCCAGACUGCAAGAAGAUGGAGUGUCCGUUUUAUCAUCCGAAGCCUUGUCGCUUCGCGGGGCAGUGCAAACGAGCCGGAUGUACCUUCUACCACCCGACCACAUCUGUGCCUCCAAGACACGCCCUGAAGUGGACAAAGACACAGAGCAGCUAAUAAAGUCCGGGGAGUCUGGUGGGAAUCUGAUAAUGGUUAACAUGUGAAGCUGCAGAAGAUGUUCUGUAUCCGUGUUCAUGGAUUUUCAUUAAUUUGACUGUUGUUUUGUUAUAUUUUAAUGUAUGGUGUGGACUGCUUUUUAAGAGAAGUGUUUUGUAAGAUGAACCGUCAGGUUUUUGCUGAUGCUCUCAGAAUAUUAAAUGACACCGUAAUGAGCUUUA